AUGAAUAAAAAGAUAACAAGAAAUCAAUUAAUUCCUUCAUAAGAAUCUGCUUACUAUGAAUUAGUGUUAUAGGUAGAUAUUUACCAAAUUACACUCAUCAAUAAUUACAAUAUUUAUUAGGAGUUCUUUUAGGACCUCAAAUUGAUGAGAUCAAUAUUGAAGUACUUUUAGCACAGAAAUUGUUAAAAUUGGAGAUAAAAGGACAAAAAAUAGGAUAUUGAAGGAAACAUACCCCAAAAAAGAAUGGAUUUUUAAUCUCUUAAAGACUUUAAAAAUAGACCAUUGAAUUGUUAAACCGAAGAUAAAAAUUAUUUAAUUGGAUGUGAGAAAAUUCAAAACUGA